AUGUGGGUGAAGACCAGUAAUGCAAAGAAGGCUGUGAGCUGUGCUUUGAAUAUUGCUGUCCAUCUACAGCAGCAGUAUCUCUUAUUCAGUUGGAGAGUCAGAAAUCUACAGCACUUGAGAGGAAGUGUCUGUUGUGAAUUUUACAGCAAAGUUAGUAAUUUUAAGGAUUGGAAUCUGACAUGGCACACAGAAAGUCCAGACUUCACCCAAUGCUUUCAGAACACAGUCCUGAUGUGGAUUCCUUGCAUUUACCUGUGGAUCUGCUUCCCAGUGUAUUUUCUGUACCUUCGUCGUCAUGACAGGGGAUACAUACAAAUGUCAAACCUCAACAAAGCCAAAACGGCUUUGGGUGUAAUAUUGUGGAUAGUCUGCUGGGCAGACCUUUUCUACUCUUUCUGGGAAAGAAGUCAAAAUAUUUUUCUUGUCACACCUACAGUAUUGGGUAUUACAAUGUUGCUUGCCACAUUUUUAAUACAAUAUGAAAGAAUGAAAGGAGUCCAGUCUUCAGGUGUAAUGACAAUUUUCUGGCUCAUCUCAUUGGCAUGUGCCACAGUGAUUUUUAGAUCCAAAAUAAUAAAUGCCUUAAAUACGGAUGCUAAAGUGGAUGCAUUUCGUUAUGGCACCUUCGGCAUCUACUUCAUCCUGUUACUUGUACAGCUCAUCCUGUGUUGUUUCCCAGAACAACCACCUUUAUUUUCUGAAACAGUAAAGGAUCCUAAUCCGUGUCCAGAGUUCAGUGCUUCUUUUCUCUCCAGAAUCACAUUCUGGUGGAUCACUGGGUUGAUGGUUCAGGGUUAUCGGAGACCUUUGGAAGCCAAGGAUUUGUGGUCAUUAAAUAAAGAGGACAAAUCAGAGGAGGUAGUGCCAAGUUUGGCUAGAAACUGGGCGAAAGAGUGGGCAAAGACCAAGAGGCAACCAUUAAACAUUUUAUACUCGCCCCCAAAGCAAAAAUCAAGCAACUCAAAUGGUGAUAUGACAGAAGAGGCUGAAGCUUUGAUUAUAAAACCGUCUCGGAAGAGCUCUGAAGCGUCAUUAUUCAAGGUGUUAUAUAAGACCUUUGGACCAUAUUUUCUCAUGAGCUUCCUGUUUAAAGCUGCACAUGAUCUCUUGAUGUUUGCAGGACCAGAAAUUCUCAAAUUGCUAAUCAACUUUGUAAAUGACAAAGCUGCCCCAAACUGGCAAGGGUACUUUUAUACAGGGCUGCUGUUUGUUUGUGCCUGUCUUCAGACACUGAUUCUUCACCAGUAUUUCCAUAUUUGCUUUGUAACUGGAAUGAGGCUCAAAACAGCUAUUGUUGGUGUAAUUUAUCGUAAGGCACUUGUUAUCACAAAUUCUGCUAGAAAGACUUCUACUGUGGGUGAGAUUGUGAAUCUCAUGUCUGUGGAUGCUCAGAGAUUCAUGGACUUGGCUACCUAUAUAAACAUGAUUUGGUCUGCACCUUUCCAGGUGAUACUAGCACUGUACUUACUGUGGGAGAAUUUGGGUCCUUCAGUGCUGGCAGGUGUGGCUGUUAUGAUCCUUCUGGUUCCUAUAAAUGCUGUGAUGGCAAUGAAGACAAAAACCUAUCAGGUAGCACAAAUGAAGAGCAAAGACAACAGAAUUAAGCUGAUGAAUGAAAUUCUCAAUGGGAUUAAAGUUCUGAAACUUUAUGCUUGGGAAUUAGCCUUCAGAGAGAAGGUAUUAGAGAUCAGACAGAAGGAGCUCAAAGUCCUAAAAAAAUCUGCUUACCUUGCUGCAAUGGCAACCUUCACUUGGGUUUGUGCUCCCUUUUUGGUUGCCUUGUCUACGUUUGCUGUGUAUGUCACAAUAGACAAGAACAACAUCUUGGAUGCUCAGAAGGCAUUUGUUUCCUUAGCAUUAUUCAACAUCCUCAGGUUUCCAUUGAACAUGCUUCCUAUGGUUAUCAGCAACAUAGUAGAAGCCAGCGUCUCCCUGAAGCGCCUUCGGGUGUUCCUGUCUCAUGAAGAGUUAGAUCCAGACAGCAUAAUUAGGGGUCCCAUCACAGAGGCUGAAGGAAGCAUUGUUGUAAAGAACGCAACAUUUAGCUGGUCCAAAACCGAUCCUCCUUUACUCAACAGCAUUAAUUUCACUGUUCCUGAAGGCUCCUUGAUAGCUGUUGUUGGUCAAGUUGGCUGUGGAAAGUCUUCAUUGCUGUCUGCAUUACUGGGGGAGAUGGACAAAAAGGAAGGCUACGUGGUUGUCAAGGGCUCAGUAGCCUACGUUCCUCAGCAAGCCUGGGUCCAAAAUGCAACUCUGGAAGAUAACAUUAUCUUUGGAAGGGAGAUGAAUGAGAGUCGGUACAAGCGUGUGAUCGAGGCUUGUGCGCUGCUGCCUGAUAUAGAGAUUCUUCCUACAGGAGACAAAACAGAAAUAGGAGAAAAGGGUGUGAAUUUGUCUGGAGGACAGAAGCAGCGAGUCAGUCUUGCUCGGGCAGUUUACUGUAAUGCAGAUGUCUAUUUAUUUGACGAUCCUUUAUCAGCUGUUGAUGCUCAUGUUGGGAAACAUAUUUUUGAAAAAGUUAUUGGACCUAAAGGAAUCCUGAACAAUAAAACACGGGUUUUGGUAACCCAUGCAAUCAACUACCUGCCUCAAAUGGAUACAAUUUUGGUAAUGACUGAUGGAGAAAUAUCUGAAAUGGGCUCCUACCAGGAGCUGCUGAAGCAAGAUGGGGCAUUUGCUGAGUUUCUUCGGACAUAUGCUAAUGCUGAACGGAGCAUGGAGAGCAGUGAUACAAAUAGUCCAUCUGGAAAGGAAGGAAAGCCUAUAGAAAAUGGAGUCCUUGUGAGUGAAGCCUCUGGAAAGCUGAUGCGUAGGCAGCUCAGUAACUCUUCAACAUACAGCAGAGACGCUGGGAAGUCACAGCACCAGAGCAGCACAGCAGAACUGCAGAAGCCACUUGCUGAAAAGAAUCCCUGGAAACUGACAGAGGCUGACACAGCAAAGACUGGGAGGGUAAAGGCAACAGUGUACUGGGACUACAUGAAAGCAAUUGGACUCUUUAUCUCUUUCUUGAGCAUUUUCCUCUUUAUGUGUAAUCAUAUAGCCUCCCUGGCUUCCAACUACUGGCUGAGUUUAUGGACAGAUGAUCCUGUUAUCAAUGGGACACAGCAGUACACAAGUGUCAGACUGGGAGUGUAUGGAGCACUGGGAGUUUCUCAAGGUGUUGCUGUGUUUGGCUACUCGAUGGUUGUAUCCAUAGGGGGAAUAUUUGCUUCGCGACAACUGCACCUUAACCUGCUGCACAAUGUCCUCAGAUCUCCAAUGAGUUUCUUUGAACGUACACCCAGUGGAAAUCUGGUCAACCGUUUCUCUAAGGAGAUAGAUACCAUUGACUCCACCAUUCCACCAAUCAUCAAGAUGUUCAUGGGCUCAACAUUUAAUGUGAUUGGGGCUUGUAUCAUUAUUCUGCUGGCCACACCUAUAGCUGCUGUUAUUAUUCCACCUCUUGGACUUGUCUACUUGUUUGUGCAGAGAUUUUAUGUGGCUACAUCUCGCCAGCUCAAACGCCUUGAGUCUGUCAGUCGUUCUCCUGUAUAUUCUCACUUCAAUGAGACCCUCCUGGGAGUCAGCGUCAUUCGAGCCUUUGAGGAGCAGAAACGUUUCAUAAAGCAGAACGACAUCAAAGUGGAUGAAAAUCAGAAAGCUUAUUAUCCAAGCAUUGUUGCAAACAGGUGGCUGGCUGUCCGUCUGGAGUACGUGGGGAACUGUAUUGUCCUCUUUGCAGCAUUGUUUGCAGUGAUUGCACGCAACAAACUCAGUGCAGGACUGGUUGGCCUCUCAGUCUCCUACUCACUGCAGAUUACAGCAUACUUGAACUGGCUAGUUCGCAUGUCGUCUGAUCUGGAGACCAACAUUGUUGCUGUUGAAAGGGUUAAAGAAUAUGCUGAAAUGGAGAAGGAGGCUGAAUGGAGUGUUGCACAGACCGCCCCAGCCAGUACCUGGCCUGAGGAAGGGAAAGUGGAGUUCCGAGGCUAUGGCUUACGGUACCGGGAAGACUUGGAUUUGGUUCUGAAGAACAUCAACGUUACCAUAAAUGGGGGUGAGAAGAUUGGAAUAGUUGGAAGAACAGGAGCUGGAAAAUCUUCCCUUACUUUAGGUUUGUUUCGAAUUAAUGAAGCAGCUGAAGGAGAAAUUAUUAUUGAUGGAAUUAAUAUUGCAAAGAUAGGACUCCAUGACUUGCGGUUCAAGAUCACCAUCAUCCCUCAGGAUCCAAUAUUAUUUUCUGGCUCUCUGCGUAUGAAUCUUGAUCCUUUUGACCAACACUCUGAUGAAGACAUUUGGAGGUCUUUGGAGCUGGCUCACUUGAAAAACUUUGUGUCAUCGCUUCCUGAUAAACUUAAUCACGAAUGUGCUGAGGGUGGAGAGAACCUCAGUGUGGGACAGCGCCAGCUGGUGUGCCUGGCACGAGCUCUGCUCAGGAAGUCAAAAAUCCUGGUUCUAGAUGAAGCCACAGCUGCUGUUGAUCUUGAAACAGAUAAGCUUAUACAGUCAACAAUAAAGUCUCAAUUUGAAGAAUGUACUGUAUUAACUAUAGCACAUCGUCUGAACACGAUCAUGGACUACACAAGAGUUUUAGUCCUGGACAGAGGAGAGGUGGUGGAGUGUGGUAGCCCAGACCAUCUACUUCAGGAAAAAGGCAUUUUCUAUAAUAUGGCCAAAGAUUCAGGCUUGGUGUAGCAUUUGGACUUGCUUAGUUUGUGUGGAGAAGAGGAAGGUGAUACAUUCAGAGAACUGUAACUUCCCCUGAGCUGGUGUGAACUGGACAGUUCAGUUGCAGUCCUAGUUAAGUCAGCCAGAAGAUGGCAACGGAAAUAACAUAAAAAUGCAAUUUUUUUCUUCUUUAAUUCUCCUUAGUAUUGAUUUUAGCC